AUGGCAACUUCCCUAGCUUCUGCUCUGCCCACAUUUAGUGGCAACUUAUCUGAAAAUGUAAAUUUCUUUCUUGAUCAAAUAAAUAGUGUUGCUAAAUUAGAAAAAUGGUCAGAUGAAAAGAAAAUAAUCAUUCUGAAAAUAAACUGUAGGGAUAAAGCUCUAGAUUUCCUAAUUAAUGAUCCAAGAGUGGCUAAGGAAAAUAAAUUUGAAAAUUUAGAAAAAUUAUUAAAGAAUAAAUUUGCACGAGUUGAAUCCUUUCAGGACAUUCUACAGCAAUUCUCAAACAUUUCUCAAAAGUGUAACCAAUCUGUUAGGGAAUUAGCUGACGAGAUUACUACAACAGCGACAAAAUACAUAAAUGAAGAUUCGGUUGAGGAUUCUAGUUUACAUAAAUUAAAAGAGAAAAUGAAGCUCACUAAAUUUCUUGAGGCCCUCAGAACAGACAUUAGGAUUGAAGUUAAGAAAUUAGGUCCAUCUUCCUUUGAUAAGGCUGUAGAAUUGGCAAGUAAUAUAGAAAAUGCAUUGAAUGAUGAGAAAACAUAUUUGAACAGUAUAAAUGUUGAGCAAAAUUUAGAGAUUAAUAAUCUUCUCAAAGAAAGACUUGAACAGAAUACAAAAUAAGCCUAUAAACACAUCUUAUACAAGAAUAAAUCACAAUGCUUCUACAUCUCAAAAUUCUAGCAACUUUAAUAGUGUAUCUUGUCAUAUAUGUAGCAAAAGACACUUAACAACAGAUUGUUGGUAUUUUCCUAGGCAAGACCAGCAUAAUUUUAGAAACAACACAUUCAGGGGACACAGACAAUUUCGAAACACUUGGCGGAGGAACUAUCAUCCUUACAGAAAUAAUAGUCAAUACAAAAAAGGUCAGAAUAAGCAUUUAAACUAGCUAAGGAUUCUUGCCAGAUAUAUUACAACAAAAAUUUUAGACCCCUUGCAGGAAUCCGCAGAGACUGGGGUUAUAAAGAACACCUGUAUAGACAUCAUAAUCCAAAAAAGAUCC